AUGGGGGAGAUGCUGAGGCGUGCAAGCUGCUCUGGCGGCUGCUUUUCCCCCGAUGACAACAAGCGCGUGUAUCUGGCCAGCUACUUCAAUGCCCACAUGCUCUCCAAGCCAUCAUGGAGAUACAUGUACCUGCUGUGGUUCAUCAUUGCUGCUUUCGCCAUCUUCGGAGCUGCACUGCAUCACUUGCACCUCAGCAAACGCACUCCAUACUUGGCAGCCUUAUGGCAAAAGGUAGGCGUGAGGAAUCGAGUCAUCAAGAUUGGCGAGAAGGAGCCGUCGUCGAAGCCCCGGCCUGUGGCGGAGAAAGUUACGCAGAAUGCAGCCGCUCGAAUGCUAGGGCGGCCAGCUCCGGAGCCUAGUCAACAGAUGCGGCCACCCUCCAGAAGAAGGAUGAUCAUCUUGCCCUCUGUUGCGAGGUGCCUCUUCCUGUGUGCUUUGCUCCUCAUCCCCAUUCUUCUGACCAUCAUUGGCGCCGACUACAUCAGACCAACGGCUGGCAUAUUCGACAUGUCCGCCUCUUUCCCUAACAUCACAGAUCCGGGAACGCCACUCUUCGCCCGAAGUAUUGGUGCUCUCGAUGGGAUCGCGGAAGCAUCACAAGGGCCAUACCGCCGACACCUCUCCUGGGGCAUCGGUUCCUUUCAGAACAUCGGAACUGCCCCCGCCACAGUCACACUACCAUAUCGGACUUGGUGGACAGCGGGUGGUCGGACUGGCAUCAUGACAAAUGCCCUUACGCCACUCAUAGUCGUCGUCGCUCUAAAAGCUCAGCCCUUCGCUAUCUUCAGCACUCGCUUGCUGGGCGGGCUUUCCUUCGACAGGCUCUCGUUCGUACACAAGUGGGGUGGAAGGAUUGUCUGGCUCUUCGCUGCUGUGCACGUAGCUACUUGGAGUGUACAGCUCAAGCUCGACUACGCUUUUGGUGGAGAUAUGUGGGCGUUCGUAUUUCUAUGGAAUCGUUUCAGAUGGGGCUUUGUGGUGAGCAUAAUACGUGUACCGGGCGUAGCAAGAGAUAGACAUUGACAUCGAAGUCCGUGUCUUCUCUUACACAUUUAGUCAUUUGGCUUCUUGACUCUACUCACCUUGUUGAGUCUGGGGCCCCUGCGUCGAGACUAUUACGAAGUUUUCUACGCGUGCCAUAUUGUAUGCGCAGCUGGCACGAUGAUCGCUGCAGCUCUUCAUCACCCUCCACUUGGGGCUUGGAUGUGGGCAGCGCUGGCCUGGUGGCUGGCGGAGCGCGCAUAUAGAGCCUUGAAGACCGCUUGGACAAAUGGGCUGGGCUUCAGUGGCAGAAAGCCAAGGCCUCUGCAAGCGGACCGCAUGUCGACGACGCCUACUUCCGCUGGGUGGCCGCAAUCGCCCUUCCCCGCCAGCGCUGGACCACACGAGGAGAAGAGCUGGCACAUUGGCGGCCAGCCGGCUACACAGCGCCAACAAUUCAGCUCGCUGGGUAGCCUUUGGGGUUAUGAGUCUGACUCGUCCGCCAACAAAAUCGAUUCGUACUCCCGAUCGACUGCGCCGAGGUCGGAGGGCUCUACUACUGAUGGGCAUGGAUAUCGAGUUCGCCACAACGGGUCUGCCGGCAUCGAUCCCCCUCGUCGGUUCUCAGCAGCCACCGUUUCGACUUUCGUGGGUAGCGAGGCACCAGGAAAGCCAAUUGGUGACCGCAAUGGCAGCUCGAGUAGCGAGGCUUCUGGGUAUGGGCAUUGGAAUGAAACCAAUCGCGGCAGUCGAGGCGUAAUCACGGAUUACCUUCCAACUCAGCUCAAGCGCCAGACGCCUGACAGCGCGCAGUACGACCCGGUGUCAGACGUCGUUGAUGACUACUCCGAUGCUGACACUGACGCCUCACGCCGUCAGACGCUGCAAGGGGACGUGACGCCCAAAGAACGAGGGGUGCAACUGUCGGAUGGUCACCUCGUCAACCAGCAAUAUCGCCCUCCGUUCGCACCACGCAACGCACGUCCUCUGAGCAGUGCUGACAUGUACAAGCAGGAAGCGAUAGACCCGCCUGCGAACGCCGCGAACGUCGCGAACGCAAGGCAAGGUCCGGCUGCGCGGUGGAGCGCGACUCCAAUGCAAGCUUCCCAAUCGCACUUCUCGCACGACUCUCGCGGCGCCGCUGCGCAGGUCACUCACCCAAAUUCCUCAUCACGUCCACUCUUGAAGCGAUCAGCAAGGCCAGCGAUCGCCGCUGACGUAGCUGCAGUGAUCAAGCCAGGCUUCGCUUUUGCUCAGCUGCUGCCAGGAAAGACUGUCCGCAUGACCUUGCGAACACCGAACAGAAUGUGGUGGAGGCCGGGACAAUACGUCAAUCUGAAUGUGCCGGGUGUGCGAUGGUGGGAAAGUCAUCCUUUCACCAUUGCUUCAGCAUAUGACGCAGGUGCAGGUGCUGGUCUAACUCACGCGCCUGGCGAAGAGCGGACAAUUGUGCUGCUGUUACGAGCGCGGCACGGCUUCACACGACACUUGUGGGAUCACGUUUGCGCGCAGAGAGAAGCGCAGCUCAUCGAGGCUGGUGCUGCCGCCCACAAAGCGACCGCUGGAGUGCACAUCCGCGCGCUCGUAGAUGGUCCCUACGGCUCUUCUGCGAGAGUCAAUUGGGAGGAAAAUGGCACUGUGCUCAUCAUCUGCGGAGGCAGUGGCGUCUCGUUCGGCAUGUCCGUUCUGGAGCAUCUCUGCGCCAGAAUGGCGAGCGCUGGGACUUCCAAGGAUAGCAUGCCACUGACUAGAGUACGCUUCGUGUGGAUGCUACGCGAGUUCAGUCACCUGCAGUGGAUUGCCUCCGCGCUCAGAAGAUGCAUCGAGCUUGUGGAUCCAGCUUAUUUGCGCAUCGACCUCUACGUCACCCAUCUUAACAACCUCGAGACGCCCUCCACCAGGCGACCUGCAGCAAGAGGUCCGACUGCUGGCAUCCUCGGUGAAGGCAGUGCUUACGGUACACAGUCGGACGGUGGUAAUCGGAUGAAUAACAGAAGCGCUUCGGCUUAUGGUGAUGGCGUGCCAGAGACUCCAGGCUUUGGAUACAAUCGAUUCACCGAAGCCUCUGCAGGUCAAGGGGAGGAGUACGACGUGUCUGCCUACGACUUGACGCAAUUUGACGGCGAGGAUUUCAGCGCGCCCUCUGCUACAGAGGUUCGGCUCAACGAGCGUCUGCACAAGGAAGGCAAGUUGCGACGAGCCAAUACCAGGAAGCAGUCUGUGCGCAAAGCUGGACGAAAAGCCAAGCAGAGUCCCGACGUCUGGGCUGCUGAUAUCACUGAAAAUAGCCAAAGAGCGCUGUAUGGCCAGGACAGCGAGACUGAAGAUUUGAAGCCCGCAGCUCAGGAACGGCGCCAACCCGAAUCGACUCCAAGCAGUCAUCACCUCCUACCGCAUGGACCCUCGUAUAUGACGAGUGGCGACGGAAAGCUUACGCCCGGUACGCUCACUCCAUCUGGCGCACUCACGCCUUCAGCACCUCCAUCCCCGAAUCUCUUCCCUCAAAGCCGACCUGGCCUGAGCUCUCAUCGAAGCAGCAUGCUGGUCACGCCCAUGGCGAGUACCACGAAUCUCAUCGCCACUGCGCAGGGCCCUGCCGGUGGCGCAGGUGUGGAUUUGGAGCACGGCAUGGUGCCGCCCGGCACUGCUAGCUUCGACGCGCCGAUCGACCUGGACCCUCUCGAGGACGCUGAUAUGAGGGCGGUAGCCGAAUUAGCGCGACCAGGUCACCCUCGCCUGGAUGCGAUUGUCCGUGAGGAGUCCGAAAGACUCGUCUCAGCGCGAGGCAUGGGUUAUGGAAGUCAAUCACGAAGCGUCCAGAGCCUUUUGGUAACCAGCUGCGGACCGGGAAGUCUUUCUAGUCUUCUGCGCUCCAUCGUGUCGAGGCAGAUCGAUCCGAGUGGCAUUCGAGGCGGGACAGCACCCUACAUCGAUCUUGUCACCGAGAGCUACGAGUGGGGAGGCUCAUGA